AUGAAAUCUAAAACCUCCAAAAAUUCCCAUCAAAAAAUGUUUAUUGUCAGAAAUGCAUCAGCUUAAUAAAGAAAAUACCAAAUAUAUUAAUCAUCCCCUUAAGCUUCUUUAUCAUUUAUGAUUCAUGGAUAAUCUCUAACUAAAACAAAAAUAAAUUCAUAAAAGACUUUAACACCUAAAGAGAUUAAGGUUAAGUAAACCCUCAAAUCUGUACAUAUAAUAUUCUUACUAGUAAUAGAUUAAAUGUAAAUUGCAAUCUUUAAAAAUUGAAUAGUCUGAAAUUAAGAAAUAGGUCAACUUACAAUCAGAAACUUUCAAAUCUAAUUUGUAAUAAAUCAAAUUCACUGAAGAAUAAAAUAUUAAUACAAUUCAAUAAUAUUUUAAUGAACAAAAUAAGUAUCCAAUUAUUUAUUUUUCUAGGUUCUUCUAACAAGACAUAUAGAAAUUUCAAUAACAAAUAGAAGUCAUAAACUAUUAAGUACAAUUUUUAUAAUGA